AUGACUUCCAUGAAGAAGGUCCUGACGUCUCUUGCUGUAGGCAUCCCGUCGCCACUCCCGCCGCCGUGCAAGGAACUUGACGAAAGUGUCCCCCAUGCGCCAAAACGAACGCCCAACCUUUCACCGGCGGAUCGUCGCCAGGCAAUUGCAAAUGCCCUGCGUUACUUCAACACCGCCGAUCAUGAGGUCCUCGCGGAGGAGUUCAGCAGGGAACUGGAUGAAUACGGCCACAUUUACAUGUACCGUCUCCGCCCCACCCAGUACGAGAUGAGGGCCUACCCCAUCACCGACUAUCCCGCUAAGAGCAAGUAUGCGGCGGCGAUGAUGAUGAUGAUUAUGAACAACCUCGAUAAUCGUGUGGCCAUGUUUCCCCACGAACUGAUCACCUACGGUGGCAACGGUGGUGUGUUCAACAACUGGGCACAGUUCUGCCUAACGAUGAAAUAUCUAUGCGAAAUGACAGACCAUCAAACCCUGGCGCUCUAUUCUGGCCAUCCAUUGGGUUUAUUUCCAAGCCACCCUGAUGCCCCUCGUGCAGUGAUUACAAACGGUAUGAUGGUCCCGAACUACUCUACCCGUGAACAAUAUGACCGACUGUACGCGAUGGGAUGCACACAAUAUGGUCAGAUGACAGCGGGCUCCUUCUGCUACAUUGGCCCACAGGGAAUUGUCCAUGGUACUACCAUCACCUUCCGCAAUGCAGGACGCAAAUACCUUGGUGUAGAGGACCUUGCUGGAAAAGUCGUUUUGACCAGCGGUCUUGGCGGCAUGAGUGGUGCGCAGGGAAAGGCUGGUGUUAUUUGCGGUGCCGUUGUCGUUGUGGCUGAGGUUGACCCCAAUGCCCUGUACAAACGGAAGGGACAAGGAUGGUUGAUGGAGGUGGAAACAGAUGUGGAGGCCCUUCUUAGGCGUGUCCGCGCAGCUUCUGCUGCAAAGGAGGCUGUCAGCAUUGGCUUCCUUGGCAACGUCGUCACCGUGUGGGAACGUCUGGUGAAGGAAAAGGAUGAGAUUGUGCACCUUGGCUCCGACCAAACGAGUUGUCACAACCCAUUUAACGGUGGCUAUUACCCUGUCCAGCUCACCUUUGAAGAAAGCAAGAAGAUGAUGGUGGAGGAUCCAGCCAUGUUCAAGGAACUAGUUCAGGAGUCCCUGCGCCGUCAAGUCGCAGCGAUCAAUGAAAUGUCCGCACGCGGCUUGCGCUUCUGGGAUUAUGGCAACAGUUUUCUGCUGGAGGCCUCCCGUGCAGGGGCAGAAGUGUGGACCCCCGACGACACGGUGAGAAGCAUCAACCGUUUCCGUUAUCCAUCAUACGUGCAGGAUAUUAUGGGCGAUAUCUUUGCACUUGGCUUCGGCCCCUUCCGCUGGGUGUGCACCUCGUGUCUGCCGGAAGACCUUGAGCUCACCGACCGCAUCGCCACGGAAACGCUGGAGAAGCUGAUGAAGGACGCCUCCACUAAGUCGCAGAAACAAAUCUCCGAUAACCUUCUUUGGAUUAAACAGGCUGGGGAGAACAAACUUGUUGUCGGCUCGCAAGCACGCAUUCUCUAUGCCGACUGUGAAGGACGGCAGACAAUCGCCAAGAACUUCAACGAUGCCGUUCGCGAUGGUCGACUGAAGGGUCCGGUGGUGCUUUCGCGGGAUCAUCACGAUGUGAGCGGCACCGAUUCACCCUUCCGCGAAACCUCCGACCUGUACGAUGGAUCCUCCCUUACUGCAGACAUGGCGGUGCAGAAUGUGAUUGGUGACGCCUUCCGUGGUGCCACUUGGGUGUCGCUGCACAACGGUGGUGGCACAGGCUGGGGCGAGGCCACGAACGGUGGCUUUUGUCUGGUACUAGACGGUUCCGCCGAUGCAGAACGUCGUGCCAAAUUGAUGCUUUUGUGGGAUGUCUUGAACGGUGUGACCCGUCGUGCGUGGAGCGGAAAUGCGUGUGGCCAUGAGGCUAUGCUGCGGGCGGUAUCCCGCGUGGAGGGAUUGCAUGUCACUGUUCCCCAGCAUGUUCAUCCCGAUGUGCUUAAGAAGUAUUAG